GUAUUUGUGACAUAACGCGCGUGCCUACAAAUCCUACACCUGCCGCCGAGCUACCAAAGAAUCGCCUUCUAGAAGCGGAGCAAGCAGCGUUACGCAGGAUGCAGUCCGCACGCGUUGUAGCCGCGACUCACAAGGUGGCUGCCAAGCAUGGCAGCAACAUGGUUUGCCGGAGCGCCGCUGCAGUCAGCACCGCGCCGGCGCAGACCGUGGCGCCUCCCACGUCCUUCGACCUGGGCGACGGCUCCGCGCCGGUGCCGGUGCCCGCGGCCGUGGCGCCCCUGUUCGCGCCCCUCACCCUGACCGGCGCCCCCAAGAAGACGGCCUUCCAGCUCACCAACCGCAUCGUGUACGCGCCGCUCACACGCUGCCGCGCUGUCGGCAACCUGCAGCCGCCUCAGGCCGCAGAGUACUACAGCCAGCGCACCGUGCCCGGCACGCUUCUCAUCACGGAGGCGACCAACAUCACCGCUGAGGGCCUAGGCUACCUGAACACCCCCGGCCUGUACACGCCUGAGCAGCUGGAGUCUUGGAAGCCUGUGACCAAGGCGGUGCACGACAAGGGCGGCGUGUUCUUCUGCCAGCUGUGGCACACCGGCCGCGUCUCGCACAGCGACCUGCAGCCCGGCAACCAGCUGCCCAUCUCCUCGUCCUCCACCACCCGCAUUGCGGCUGAGGGCUACCAGGUGUACACGCCCAGCGGCCCCAAGCCCCACGAGCACCCCCGCGCAGCCACUCGCGAGGACAUCAAGCGCAUCGUCAAGGAGUACGCCGCCGCGGCCGUGGCCGCCGUUGAGGUGGCGGGAUUCGACGGCGUGGAGAUCCAUGCUGCCAACGGAUAUCUGAUCGACCAGUUCCUGAAGGACAACGUGAACGACCGCACCGACGAGUACGGCGGCAGCAUUGAGAACCGCUGCCGCUUCGCGCUGGAGGUUACGGAGGCGGUGGUGGCGGCGGUGGGCGCCGACCGCGUGGGCAUCCGCCUCAGCCCCUUCAUCACCUUCAACGAUGUCGCUGACUCCAUGCCGUACGGCACGAACGUGUACCUGCUGGAGCAGCUGAACAAGCUCGGCCUGGCAUACGUGCACAUGGUGGAGCCGCGCAUUGACGGCAUCACCGAGUGCGCCACGGUGGACACGCUGGCCCCCUUCCGCUCUGUGUGGAAGGGCACCUUCAUCGUGGCCGGCGGCUACAAGGCGGAGAACGGCGCCCCCGCGGUGGCCAAUGGCCAUGCCGACCUGGUGGCGUACGGCAGGUGGUACCUGGCCAACCCCGACUUCCACAAGCGCAUCCUGCUGGGCGCCCCCCUCAACCCCUACAACCGUGACACCUUCUACGGUGGCGGCCUGGAGGGAUACACCGACUACCCCACCCUGGAGCAGCUGAAGGAGAAGGCCGCGCAGCAGUAGAUCAGCGCAUGAAACGAGAGGCGUUACUGAAUGGACGGUGGUGGUUAAGCUCCUACGCCAUUGCUGGGGCUGACACACUGAAGAAUUCAAGCAUAUGCGGGGUAAAUCAUGCUAAUCUUUGGGGGUUAAAAGGAUGGCCAUGAGUCGAAAAGAAAUGUGGUCGUGGGAGCGCUGAGAGUUUCGGAGAUGGAGGCUGCGAGGCGUGUGCGAGACAAAGAACAUGAGGUGCUUGACACCAUGGGGGCAUGGCGGCAUGGGUAUGGUAUAGCUUGGACUGGUGAGUGGUGACGGGCUGGUGACAAACUGGAGCACGGCCAUUGCAGGCUCUUGGUGAGUUGACGGCAUGGGUGCCGCAAGACACCCCGGGUGGCACACGAGGGGAUUCAUGCAUUCCUCUGUCUCCUGUCCUUUGUUGGAUUCGUGCUUGACUGCUUGGUGCGCAAGGUCAUACUGUAACAAUACGGUACC